UUUCUUGAUUUCUAACACGAUGUUAUGGGUAUAUAUACAUAAAUACAUACAUAUAUAUAUAGGACUUCUCUUCCAUUCUCUCUCUCGCUGCGUUUCAAAUGGGAUGCAAAUUCUGUAUCCAGGCGCACGUAUCAUUUCCAUCUUUUUUUUCUCCGGUUCUCAUUAUAGCUGGGGAGCUUCUAGCAGCCUUUCUAGUACAUAUCUUCGAGUCUCAAGAAGAGGUCUAGAUCAGUUAGUGCCUGCCUAGCUAGCUGCAACUGACCUAGAUUUCCGUUUAUGUUUCAAUCUGUUUUGUUUCCUUCUUAUAUUGUACUGAAAGUAGAACCAAAUUAGGAAGAUACCAGAUCAAUAACUUUAAAAUUUGUGGGAAUUAAAUAGUUAGAAUGUAGUUUGCCUUGUGAUUAUAACUACUACAGGUUCACCCACAAACUGAUCAUCUCCAUUUUCAUAAACAUCUCUCAGAUUGUGUUGUUUUUUGUUCUUUCCUGACCCUUUCCUGUGCACAUAUAUAUGGUAGCUUCGGAACCCUGAAAUUAGCUCAGUUCCAAAAUCCAGUUUGACUCUGAGUAUGCCUUACAGAUGGAAGUUAACCCAAUUCUGUACGUGUAAGUUUAGAUAGAAUAUCAUUGAUACCAAUAAGAGUAGAAACUAGAAAGAGCCACACCCAUACACAGCUAGUCCUUAAUUUUGGUCAGCAUUUUCUCACAGCCUAUCGAAGAAAGAGAGUCAGAAAGUGCCAUGAAAAUUCUCGACAAACAGACAAAGGGACCAGAACCCCGUUUUGGUUUUGUGGCACAGAAAACAGCAAUGGCCGUAUAAAGAGUGCUAUUUUUUCUCUUUUUUAUUAUCCUUUUGCAGGCUUGAUCCAACAGAACGGUGCCCCCCCUGAUCUUUUUGCCUCCCAAACCCUUUUUCUCUUUCGAGAAACGCGUGCUAAAUUGUGAUAACGUCAUCCACACUCUGUGUCCGUUCAGAAAUCACAAACCUUUCUAAACCGAAGCUCAAAACUCCAAAACUCAUAAAAUGAGUCUGCCUUUUUCUUAAUUUUUCGUGACAUUCUAUCUAUCUUAGUUCAUAUAUAUAUUAAUGUUUUCUCAAAAGUAUGUUUUGUUUGUUUCAUCAUUACUGUCGUUCAGUUUUGUCCUAUAUAUAUAAUGUAUAUUUAAUUAAUUAAUUAAUUAAUUAAUGAAGCGUUUUAUCUACAGCUUGCUGUCUAGUAGUAUUAUAAUGGAAAUCCCGUUCUUGACGCAUCAUUUCUACCAUUCACCAACACAAGACAACAUCAUUAGCACAAACCUCCACUUGUCCGUCUCUUACAGACCCUGGCCUGCACAAAUAUCAUCAACGGCUAUGAUGGAAACAAUGGAGUCGACUGUCCCACCUGGUUUCCGGUUCCAUCCAACGGAUGAGGAGCUUGUUGGGUAUUACCUGAGGAAGAAGGUUGCGUCACAAAAGAUCGAUCUGGACGUAAUCAGAGAUAUCGAUCUGUACAGGAUCGAACCGUGGGAUCUCCAAGAGAGAUGUCGGAUCGGUUAUGAAGAGCAAAAUGAGUGGUAUUUCUUCAGCCACAAGGACAAGAAGUAUCCGACAGGUACGAGGACUAACAGAGCUACCAUGGCUGGGUUUUGGAAGGCGACGGGCAGAGACAAGGCAGUGUAUGAUAAGGCCAAACUCAUUGGCAUGAGAAAGACCCUUGUUUUCUACAAGGGUCGGGCACCAAAUGGGCAGAAAACCGACUGGAUCAUGCACGAAUACAGGCUUGAAUCGGAAGAAAAUGGACCUCCGCAGGAAGAAGGAUGGGUGGUAUGUAGAGCAUUCAAGAAGCGAACCACUUCUCAAAACAAGAGCAUGGAAGGGUGGGACACAAGCUACUUCUAUGAAGAACCGACUGGGGUCAGCUCAGUGGUGGAUCCACUUGAAUUCAUCUCAAGGCAGCCCCCAAACUUUUUAGCGCAGAAUUUAAUGUGUAAGCAAGAGAUAGAAAAUGAUAACUUGAGUUUCAUCCAAUCUGAUCAGUUUGUUCAGCUUCCUCAGUUAGAGAGCCCAUCUCUGCCACUAAUGAAGAGGCCAAGCUCAAUACCUCUCAUAUCAGAAAAUAAUGAAGAAGAAGAACAAAUAAACAAAAGGUGCAACGACACCAAGAAAGUGACCGACUGGAGGGCGCUUGACAAGUUUGUAGCUUCUCAAUUGAGUCAAGAAGACAGAUUUGAGGGAGACGGGGAGUCAAGCUUUGGAGCACAUCAUAACUCGGAUAUGGCAUUGCUGUUGUUGCAGAGUAGUCGGGAUGAAGAAGGGAAGUUGAAUGGGUUCUUGAACUCGAGUUCGGACGACUGUGACAUUGGGAUAUGCAUAUUUGAGAAAUGAAAUUAGGAGAUCAGGAGAUUUCUAUUUGUGGUUAUUAUAAAUGAAUGAGGGUUUAUGUAUCUUGGAGAUCGGGAAAUAUUCCUGUAAAAUAUGGUUGUGAACGAGUGAAGACAUGCAUCUCUCUCUCUCUC